UUCUCGUGAAAAUUCACGCGUUCCUAUCUCCCGUUCGGCACGACAGCGUCUCUCCCUUUUCCCGUCCCGUGCUCUCUCGCGUGCCCCCCCGGCAUAUUCCCUCUCUCGCGUGCGUAACCAGGCGGCCGCCGCCGCCGCGCCGCCCUGCGUCAGGUGUCUAGAUCUCCAUCGGGACCUUCUCUGGCGACGAGCGCCCACCAGUGAGAUGUCGGAAUACCAGAACGUUGUUGGGGGGAGGCUGAAGCUGAAGGGUAAAGCGCUGGAUGUGAAGGAAGGUGCAGUGAAGAAAAAGAAAAAGAAGAAGUAUCAGCGCGAGGAGUCGUCCCAGAGUGGGCACGAGCACAAUGAGCUCCACAAAGGGGGAAGCUCUGAAUUACCAACUGAUCCCAACAACGAGCUGAUUGAAGCUGACAAGAUCGGAGAUGAAGGGAAUCCACAUCCUGACUAUGAUCAUCUCACACCUGCAGAGCGACGCUACAUAGAACAAAAGCAGAAGAUUGACAUGCAGAAGCUGGCCAAAGUUGCCAACAAGUCGCACAGGGACCGCAUCCAGGACUUCAACCAGUACCUGGCAAACCUCAGCGAGCACUACGACAUCCCCAAAGUUGGCCCUGGUUAACAUAUACGCACAAACAAUUGUAUGCUCGGUCUAUCCAGCUUUAUGUUGGCAUGUUAUGUAUUAUUUUAUGUGUUGUAAAACAACCUGUUGCUACUAUGAGACAAAUUUCAAAAACAUGUUAAUAAGUAUUUUGAUCGUGUGUUUAAGCUA